AUGAGAUAAAAUAGUAUCCUUUUUCUAUUAAUAUUAGGUGGAAUUCUCUAUUAAAGUAAUUAGAAAAAUAUUUUUAGCAUGCUAAAGUACAAAUCCGUGUAAAUUAUUCAAUGGUAAUAGCUCAAAUUGUGAUGAAUGUCAUGAUGGUUACUAUCUUUUUAAUAAAGCAUGUUAUGCAUGUACUAAACCAUGCGCAACCUGUUCAACAAGUGUUACAACCUGCUCUACUUGUGUUGAUUCUGCAAAUUAAGCAACUCCUAGUUGUUCAUGCAAUAGUGGGCUCAUAAUGAAUGCAUCAACAUUUUUAUGUGAAGGAUGUCCAAGUAAUUGUAGGGUGUGUAGUUCUACAACUAUAUGUACUUAAUGUAAUGAUGGUUAUUGGUUAAAUAUUAACUCAUGUAGUCCAUGCAUAAAACCUUGUGAAAAUUGUUCAUCGAAUGGGAAUAAUUGUAGUAUUGCAGAUUUAUAAAAUUUGAUGUACUUGUGUUGAUACUGCAAAACAAACACCAUCUCAAUGUAAUUGUCCAUCAGGUUAUAUAAUGGAUACUUCAAGUUACUUAUGCAUUUAAUGUGUAUUUCCAUGUGCUGCAUGUUAAACAACAGUUAACUAUUGUUUAUCUUGUGCAGCAACUUAUACAAUGGAUUCGAGUAAUCAUACAUGUUCAUGCUCAACUAAUUAAUAUGAGGUAAUUGGUACAACAAAAACAUGUCAAAAUUGUACGAGCCCUUGUGCAACUUGUACAUCAUCUGCAACUAAUUGUGGUUCAUGUGUACCUGGAGUAAAUAGAAAUCUAUAAACUAAUUAAUGUGUUUGUGAUGAUGGAUAUUAUGAAAAUACUACUUGUUAACCCUGUUAAUUACCAUGCAUUAAGUGUACCUCAUUAACAGUAUGUACAUCAUGUAAUGAUCCAACUAAUUAAUCAGGAUCGUCAUGUGUUUGUUAACCAAAUUAUUUUAUGAACGCCUCUUUUAUAUGUUAACGUUGUGUUGCCCCUUGUUUAAAAUGUAUUUCAGCAUUUUUAUGUACAUCAUGUGUAUCAAAUUAUUACAUUUCUGAAAAUACUUGUUUAUAAUGUACUUCUCCAUGUUAAAUUGUGUGGAUCUUCCCACAAAAUGUACAUCAUGUGUUGAUUCAAAUUUAUCACCAAUCAAUAAUGAAUGCAGUAGAGGUGGUUGUUCUGAUGGAUACUUUAUGGAUGCAUCAUUAAAUUGUCAACCUUGUAUUCAUCCUUGUCUUUAAUGUUAAACAAAUGGUAAUCAUUGUUUAGAGUGUGCAACUACAUUUGAAAUAAGUACCACUACUCCAAAUACAUGUGUUUGUCCUACUCAAAAAUAUCUAGUAGUAACUAAUAACCCUACUGAUUGUCAAUCUUGUACAUAACCAUGUGAUACAUGUUCAGGAACUGCAAAUCAUUGUUUAACAUGUAUUGAUAUUAAUUAAAGCGUUGACACAUCACACUAAUGUUAAUGUAAUUCUGGCUAUACAAUGAUUGCAGUAAAUUGUAUAGCAUGUCUAAGUCCAUGUUUAUAAUGUUUAGGAAAUUCAAGUCAUUGUACUUAAUGUAAAGAUCCAUUACAUUAAAUAUCUAAUGGAGAAUGUAUAUGCCCUUCUCGAUAUUUGAAUGAUAAUUCUUUUAAUUGUUUACCUUGUUAACCUCCUUGUUCUACUUGUUCCAUAAAUGAUACUCAUUGUGAUAGUUGCAUAGAUUCAAAUCAUGAAAUUAAUGAUACCUUUUAAUGUAUUUGUAAGGACACUUUUUAUUCUGAUACUCUUAAUACUUGUUAUCAAUGUAUAUAGCCUUGUUUUUUAUGUGAUCUUAAUGGAUGUUUAAGCUGUCUAGAUUCUAAUUAAGUAAUUGAUUCAUCUUAAAGAUGUGUUUGUAAAUAAGGAUAUUAUGAAGUUGGAGUUAAUUGUUCUUAAUGUAUUGUUCCAUGUUAAACAUGUGAAAUUAAUUAAGAUCACUGUCUAUCAUGUGUAGAUGUAAAUUAAACCUUAAUCAAUAAUAAUUGUAUAUGUAAUGAUGGAUAUUUUGAAAUUAAUCAUUUAUGUUAGCAAUGUUAAUAUCCAUGUACAAAAUGUGAAUUUACAAAUGAUUAUUGUCUUUAAUGUUUAGAUCCAAAUCAUGAUUUAAUUAAUAAUAAAUGUAUAUGUAAACUUGGAUUUGGAUCAUCAGGAAUUGAUUUUUUAUCUUGUUAGCCUUGUGAGUAUCCAUGUAUUGAUUGUUCAACAAGUAUAAGUACUUGCAUAUCUUGCAUUGAUAACAGUAUCUAUUAUCUUGAAGAUAAUAAAUGUUUAUGCAAAUAAGGUUAUUUUUUAGUAGAUACUGAUUGUAGACUAUGCUCAUCAUAAUGUCUUACAUGUUUUGAAUAAUCUGAUAAAUGUUUAUCAUGUUCUAAUCCUAAUCAUAUUUUAUUCUAGAAUGAUUGUUAAUGUAAACUGGGUUAUUAUACAGAUUAAUCUAAGAAUUGUUAAUAAUGUUAAAUACCUUGUUUAACUUGUAUAUUUAAUUAAGAUUUUUGUACAUCUUGUUCAGAUAAUUAUUAACUUAUUGAAGGAUAAUGUAUAUAUAUAGAGGAAUAUAAUAAUAUUGAUUUAAAUUGCAAAUCUAGUAAUUAAAACUGUACUAAAUGUAAUUCCUAUUAUGAAUGUACUGAAUGUAUAGAUCAAUAUUAUUUAUAUAAUACUUAAUGUUUUAAAUGUUAAAUUCCAUGUUUAUAAUGUUUGGAUAUUCAUACUUGUAUAUCAUGUAUUGAUAAUUAUACAAUAGAUAAUUAAGGAGAAUGUAUUGAAUGUAUUUAGAAUUGUCAAUAUUGUAUAGAUUCUAUUAAUUGUAUUAAGUGUUUUGAUGAAUUCUAUUAUGUUAAUUAAUUAUGUAUCCCAUGUUCUAAUUUAUGUUUAACAUGUGAAAAUAAUAGUAAAUUUUGUACAUCCUGUAAAGAUUCUAAUUAUGUAUUAAAUAAAUAAACAGGUACUUGUUAUUAUAUUAACGAUUUUGGAGAUUAAUAUAAUUAUGAUACUUUAGAGUAAAUAUUAUUACUUUAAGAUAUUAGAUGCAAUGAAAAUUAACUUUUAAUAAAUUACUAAUGUAUUAAUUAAUGUGGAAAUGGAAUUUUUAAUGAAUAAUAUGAAUAAUGUGAUGAUGGAAAUUAAAUUGGAGGAGAUGGAUGUUCAUCUCUUUGUCUAUAAGAAGAUUUCUAUUAGUGCAAAAACGAAGUAAACUCUCUUAGUAUUUGUUCAUUUAUUCAAUCUCCAGAUUUCAGAUUAAAUGUUCUCUCCAAUACAUAAAAUCAAACUUAAGUUAUUGAAUUAAGUUUCACAUAAAGAGUUAAAAUACUAACUGAUUUAAAUUUUGAAGAAAUUGUAAUAAUAUCUGUUCUACCAUAAACUAAUGUUAAUAUCAAUAUAGUAAAUAUAACAAGUCUAUCAAUUGAAUUUGAUUAUCCAAUUUAUUUGAUAUUUGUUGAGUUUAUAAGCCCUAUUGAAGAUGCUUUUCUAAAAAUAAAUUUUGCUAAAUCAAUUAUCAAAAAUGAAUAUGAUUUAGAUUUAUUAAGAUAUUAGAUGUAAAUUAAUCUCGGUAGCCCAUUUAUUAUUUCACAAUAAAACUAAUAAAGAUUGACACAAAUUGUCAUCCUUAACGAUGCAAUAAUGUAUUCAAUGAUUAGUAUAUCUGGAUUAGCAUUCCUAACUGGAAAUGCAAUCAUGUUCUUUAAUUUAAUAGAUCUACUAUAGUCUUUAUCCUAUAUUAAAUAUAUGUAAUAUAAUUUCCCACCUCAUUUAAUCUAAUUUUUAAAUACUUAUACUAAAGUAUCAUUAAAGCCUAUUUUGGAUCAUUUGAAGAUAGAUGA